UUAUACAACACAAUACAUGAGGUUGGCUAUACUUACAUAUGUAUUUAUUUAAUCACGUUUUGUUGGUACUUACUGAAUUCGAAAACCGGUGUGAUCAAGUCGAGUCAAGUGUCAAGUGUGGUGUGAACGUGCGAGAAUUAUUGAAUGCAUCACAUGCUUUUAUGAUCAGAUAGUGUUGAUUUGUUAGAUAUUUCAGAGCCCAUAGUUAAAAAUGGAUACAAUAAACAAUAGCACGGACAGUUUGGAACGAUCAAUUCAAAUGUUUAAUCAAGAGAACGCUCAACGAAAAUCAUUUUUGAGGUUAAGUGGGAAAAGUACAACUCCGAGAAGAAUAUCCUUACAGAAUGCCAAUAAUUUACGAAAAGACUUAGAUGACUCUUAUCAAAUGAAUGGCAGUAACAGUUCUAGAAUGCUAGCCAAAAAUUUUCCCAAUUCAAGGUUGAUGAAAGGCUACAGUCUUUUGGAUGUGGACAAUUCAUUAACACUUGCUCCUCACGAAGUUCGAGAUAUAAUGGCUGCUUCAGAAAAGGGUGAACUUACUCUAAAAGAAAUGAUGGAUGACAGUAGUGCUACUGGCAUAAUUUUAAAAUCCAAGGAUCCAUGGAGAGAUGUCAUGUCUAAACUUUAUUAUGAUUUCCUUCACACUAUGCAGAUCAAUUUUUCAGAAGCCCAAGUGUUUGAUACUAUAGCAGAUUUUAUACAGAAUUGUACAGAUACAUUAGAUAUUAUGAGAGGUAUGCAAUCAAAAGUAGAAACUACUGAAGUAUCAGAAGAAGAAAUUUCAUUGGAGAAUGAGAGAAACACUUGGAGGCUUAUCUAUUGUUUGUACCAAAAUAGGAUAAACAGUCUUAAUUUUUCUACUCAAUUAAUGGAGAAGGAUAACUCGGAAGACAGCAUUACUUAUGUCUCAGAGAAAGUUGUAAUGGAAAACCUUUUUAACACUGAAAGUUAUAUCAGAGAGUACCAGUUGAUAAUUGACUGGCUGGAAAAAAAUGCACUGGAUCAAGCAGAUAAAUACCCAACUACUGAGCAUUUCACUGAUAAGACAUUGGCAUGGGAAAAUACUGUAAGACAGUUACUCACUUGCAAGGACAAAGAGCAAAUUCCAUUUCAUUCGUCUAGGCCAUUAGUAUCGUCUCUAGAUCCAGAUGCUCCAAUAAGAGAAGGAAAACCUCUUCAUGAUUUGGACAGAGAAGACGAUACUAGACUCGAAAAAAGAAUGUUUAUAGAAGUUCGCUGUGGUCGCCUUCAGAAAGCGCAGGCAUUAGCUGAACAUUGUGGUCAACCUUGGAGAGCUGCUUGUUUAUUAGGAUGGAUACUGCAUCAUGAUCCCAAUUAUGAAAAUUCUCGAUCUAAUAUGAAAUUACCCAUUGAGGGAAAUCCAAGUAGAAGUCUUUGGAAAUUAUGCGCUUGGGAACUUUCACAAGAUAAACGCGUAGGUCAAUUUUAUCGCGCUAUUUAUGCCAGUCUUUGCGGAAAUGUUCAACAAAUGCUACAAGUAGCAUCUUCCUGGCAAGACGCACUAUGGGGUUAUAUGAAAAUGUUGUUGGACAUCAAAGUAGAAAGGGAAAUAAGAGAUUUGGUGAUAAAAGGAUUUACCAACAUGCCAGACGAGUAUUGGAAGAAUGAGAUUUCAUUGAAGGAUGUGUUCAAGGAACUUCACGCAUCGAAAAAUCCUAUUAUUCGUACUCAAUCAAGAGAGCCCGAUCAUCUGAUUCAAAAGUACUUAAUAUUAGACCAAAUACCGAAACUGAUGGAGGAGAUAGAGAAUAUGAUAGAUACGAAUAGUUGCGAUCCACAAUUCUUGCGGUUCUUAGCACACCUAAUAUUUUUCUUUCGUCAAAUAGGAAAAAAUACGAAAGAUAAAGUCGGGGAUAAAGUUUUGUUAGCGUACGUUCGUGUUCUUAUCGGAAUGGACGAUCCGAUUUUAAUUGCCUUUUAUACAGCUAUGUUGCCUCAAGAAUUGCAAGUAACAAACUAUGCGAGUUAUUUGGAGAGGAUAAAAGAUUACGAACAACGUAAAAAGUGUUUGACUGCGGCAGAAGAUGCCAAUCUAAAUGUGGAAGCUAUUACAAAAUUGGUGGUGGAAAGUAUACGCUCUAAAAGGAUGGAUAUGGAUCCCACGGAUUUGAAAGGCACUCUGACCGAUGCCGACAUGGAAAAGAUUAACGCAUUGGAUUGGCUAAUAUUUUAUCAGAGUCAGCGAGAGGAAGCGUUGUGGCAAACUAAUGCCCUUAUAAGAUAUUUCUUGACAAACGAAAAGAUAGAUGCUGCCCGUAAAGCUUUUAACAAGAUUCCAUUAGAUUGUAUCGAAUGCGUUAUGGCCGAGUAUCCAACCAUGGAAGGUACUCUAACGAAUCUUACGAUGAUGAACAUCUCAAAAAGAGCAUCAUCCGCUAUUCGAGAAUAUCUUUGUUACAAGACUUACCUUGACGCCCAGGAAGGCUUCGCCGAAUGGUUUUCUCAUUACCAUCAUGGCAAACCCACGCCUUUAGAGGACUUACCGUCAUACGCCACGUUCACAGAAAAGGUUGCGUACGAGCAUAAAAUGGCUCAAUAUAAUGCUGAAAUGGAAAGAUGGAAGUCCACGAUGCAACAUCACACGAAGGCAGUGAAGCAGUUACUGUUCAAUGUGUUAUUGUUUCCGGAUGGCGGUUGGUUGGUUGACUCGAACAAUAACGACAGCGACGAGCCGCACGCGGAUGAUUUGUCGCGUGAACAUCAAAUGGAAAAAUUACGCGAAUUCUGUAUUCCAAAGAUCACGCUUCUCUUGCAUUCCGUGAUGUCGGAAAUGAAUGAGCACGCCGAAUGUAUUCAAUUGGCCGACAUACUUGCUUCCGAACAAUAUCAACUUUACAAAGUAUUCCAGAAGGGAAGAUUGCGUGAGGUAUUUAAGAAGAUCUGUGAGUCUUCUCUUGUACUGAUGGAUCAAAAGAAAGAUCCUUGGGGCUAUCCGAAAUAAAGCGUUCUGUAAAAUAUUAAAUAAUAAAAUUAACGUCUAUGUUUUUUAUAAAACCAGUUUAUUGUCAACCACAAGAAGUGAAUAUAAAAUUUGAUACAAUGUUCAAUAA